AACGGUCCCAUUUCUUUCGCAACCAAAUCCAACAAAAGGACCCUCUCUUUCCCCGCUCUCUCUCUCUCUCUCUCGAUCGAACGAACAGAGAGACAACAAGAAUGGCCUCUUCAAGCAUCUCUAGAGGCGAAAUUCUCUCUCUCUGCCGCUCUCUGCUACGCACAGCUCGUCAAUUCCGCGACUAUAACAUUAGAGAAUAUACCAAGCGCCGUACCGUCGACGCCUUCCGCGAAAAUCGGAACCUAACAGACCCUUCUUCUAUCUCAGCCGCCUUCUCCGACGGAAAGGCUCAGCUCGAUGUCGCUAAACGACAGGCCAUCAUCUACUCCCUCUACGCCCCUAAAAUCAAGAGCGUUAUGGAGACCAAUUCUUCUUUUUCUCAUUCUAAUUAGGUAUUGGAUUUUUAUUUAUCUUAGAUUUGUACCCUGUCGCUGUUAUUGUACUUUAUGAUACUAAUAAGCGAUAGCAUAUGGGAAAUAAUUUUUUUAAACGAUUCAUAUGGUUUUAAUUUCCCUAGUCUCAGUUGCUUAUUUUGUCUUUUUUAGCUUACUGAUGAUGAGAAAGGGGAUGUUCUGUCCAAACACAAGGAAAUUUAGUAAUUAUAGUUAAUUAAACUAUUUCUUUUUAGUUUCUCUUUA